AUGGCACCACGACAUGUGGCACAUGGUGCACUGCAGAGAUUGCCAUACGUCCACACGGUGUCUGAGAUCCAGGAGAUGAAGUUCUGGCGUGCGCCCGUGCGCGAGAGCCACCGCAUCGUUGACCCUGUCAAGCGCGCCAAGAAUCACACGUCACGACUCAUUAAUGUGCAGCUGGCGAAGCUCUCGAGCGUGACGCGGCAUGUCUCGCUGAACUUUCCAGCGCUCAAGCACAUGCAUCCGUUUGAGCAAGAAGUGGCCGUGCUCACGUUGGGUCAAGGUGUCUACGAGACGCAUGUCCAGCUCUUGCGGCGAGUGUAUGCGACACUGCAUAACACAGGCAAGCAGUUUGAACGUGAGUGUCAGGAGCUACGUACUAAGCAAGAGGCAGUCGACUGUGGACUGCGCUGCAUCGAGGAGCUCAAGAAGGUUGUGGACAGCAAUACAGAGACGCUGCGGGCAGCCGCGGAUAUGGCUAAGAUGCUUCGUGGGCUUCCUCACGUAGAUUUGGAAAAACCUAUUUUUGCCUUUGUUGGAGCCCCCAACGUUGGAAAGUCCACACUCGUGCGUGCUCUGUCGACUGCUUCUCCAGAGGUGGCUAACUACCCGUUUACCACACGCGGUAUAACGAUGGGUCACAUUUUCGUCGACGGCAUUUCCUACCAGAUUGCGGACACACCCGGAUUGAUCUUCCGACCCGAUGAACGACGAAACUCCAUUGAGAAGCUGGCGCUUGCGAUGAUUGAAAAGACGCAAGCCUCAAUUGGCUUUGUGUUCGACCCAACAGACUCCUCUGGCACGUCCACAGCGGACCAGGUCCUGCUUCGCAAUGAACUUCGACAUCGUGUCAUGAGAGCGCGCCCCGAGCACAAGUGGCUGGACAUCAUCUCGAAGAUCGACCAGCCGUCGCAAGACCUGCAGCUGCUAAAAGAGCGAGUCGAAUCAUCGCCGCACUAUUGUGUCUCGGCUCAGACGAAUGAGGGUCUGAUGGAGCUGGGAAACGGGAUGCGUCAAGUCUUAAUACACUCUGAUGAAGCCGCAGCAGCUUUUAUGCAAUAA